AUGGAGGGGAUAACAACGUGGGUUAAAGAGCAUGGCGGCCAUAUUGAUGGAGUCUAUGUGAAGAACUUUCCUGUGUAUGGGAAUGGACUCUGUUCAUCAAAAGAAUUUCACGAAGGAGAUACUUUACUGAGUAUCCCAUAUCACCUCCAAUUGAAUACAAUAGAACUCCACAACGUCUUUGAAAGUAUGGUACCGGGGUUUGAAGUACCACGUUUGGGGGAAGGCGCUAAGAACAGAGACGACGAAAACAGUGUUGUGUAUUUGUAUUUGGCGAUGAACAAAACGAACGAGAAAUGUUUCCACUUUCCGUAUAUCAAUACACUGCCAACAACAUUCAGUUGCCCGUUGAGCUACUCUGAGAAUGAACUCAAAAUGUUGAAAGGGACAAAACUACUUGUCACUGUCGAAAAGACAAAAACAUUCUUGAAGAAACUCUCGGAUUAUUAUGAAACACUCACACAUCAAUAUCCAACAAGGUUCCAACAAUUUGAUGACUUCUAUCAAAGACUCGUGUGGGCGCACCAAGUCUUCUGGUCGAGAGCGUUCUUGGUCAUUUACCCCGACCCAAUUGGCGAUGUUGCCUCACUCAUACCGUUUGCAGACUUCUCAAACCACAACACAGAAACAAAAGUCACUUACGUAUCAAACAGACAGACACAAACAUUUUCAUUGCAGACCAACGAAAAGGUAUUACACUGUGGAGAACAAAUUUUUAACAACUACCGAAUUCGACCAAAUGAAAAGAUGCUGUUGGGGUACGGUUUUGUAAUAUCAGAAAAUCCAUACGACGAGGUAUUGCUCCGCAUCAACUUCAAAGAGAGGCACUUUGAGAAGCAAGUUGAGGAGAGUGAAGAGAGUAAGAUGGAGGUCGAGAAUAAAGAAAAUGAGAGGAUGGAGGUCGAGGAAGAAGACAAUGAGGAUGAGAUCACCCAAAUACUGAAGCGAGAAGGUGUUGAUAGGUUUGACUACUAUCUCACACGAGAAAAGGAGUUGCCGACAGACCUCCUCAGAGUUCUUCGAAUUGUUAAUUUAUCGUUGGUCGAAGCAAAUCAAUACUCACAAGCACUUUUAGACUUGAGUUAUGUUUCUCCUAUUAACGAAAUAAAAGCAACACGAAGUUUAAUGGAGCAAAUCAAACAUCUCUUGGGGUUGAUGGAAUAUAGCGACGACGAGUUUGCACAACUGAACACCAAAAACUUGGACUACAAAGUCUUCUGUAUUUUGACGUAUAAACUUGGCCAAGUGACGAUAUUGAAAAACAGUCUUUUGUUGUGUCGCUCGAAGAUUGGAGCUGAACUUCAAAAAGUGUCACAAAACGGAUUGAGUCGUGCAACGGAAACACUUUCAUUUUCGUGUGACGACUUUUUGUUUGAAAACUUCGUGGACAACUUAAACACGUGGCUACACGCUUCUAAUACACUCAACUCCUCUGUGUCAUACGUCUGUGAAAACCACACCAUUAAAUUGAGAAAUCAAGUUCGUUUGCUCGAAGAAAACGAGGAGGUACUCACAGUGCCUCUAAGUAAUCUGAUCACCGAAGAAAACAUUAAAAUGUGGGUGCCAAGUAUCAAACAGGAAGGGUUUACGCUGUGCUGUGUUGAAUUUUUCUUCACAGAUGUUGGACAACAGAGGUUACCAUACGUUCCUUUGUUAUUGAAAUAUAUCGAGUCAAUGACAUUCUACUCAAACGACUUCAAAGAAAUAGAGGAGAGUUAUAUCAUGGACGAAAUGAACUGUGUGGAGGAUGACGGGAUUGCAAUGUAUCAGCAAUUUAUUAGUCGUACAAGGAAGACGGUUCCAGUCUCUUUGUUUGUUGGGCUGUACAAUUACGUCGACAGCCAUACCGCGUUUCUGGAUGAAACGUGUGCACUGAUACCACUUCCUAUCCUCCCGAAACAAAACCCCUGUUACGCACUUUGUAAGGAAAAAACGGAGAAGUGUUUUGUUGAGAAAGUACCAAUGAGUGUCAAAGUGGGAGAAGACAUCUGCGAUGACUUUGGAGACGACAGCUCAGUCAACCAAAUUGUCCAUUUUCUUCGAUGGACAAAUGAGUUUGAGGAUAUGGACUAUUUUGAGGCGAAGAGUUACGUGGAGAGAGAAGAAGCCGAGGCGGUGUAUAGGGAGAUGUGCUCGAAAAACCGAGUCCCUCAUGAAAUCUUUUUGACUCAAGACCAAACCAAUUUUGACGUCUUUGAACUGUAUGUUGCAAUCCAUUCCAUUCCAUUCAAGAAAUUAUUGAAUUUGAUGCAAAGUGGGAAACAAGUUGAGGUGGAUCAUAAGAAGACGCUGGAGUAUAUUGGCAACGAGUUAGAAGUCAUUGAUGAUGCACUCCAAUCUCUCAACCAAAAACUUCAUCUCGCAAAGGAACACAAUGCAGUCAACAAAAUUGUUCAAAUAAAUAUGCUCCUCCUUCACUUCCAAUCACAGAAAAGAAUACUAGAAAAUGCGAAGAAACACAUUGAAGUGAAAUGA